AUGACUUCUUACACUAACAACGGUCCAAAGCUUGAUAAUGCAAACUACGAAGGAUUCGAUCAUGUCAAGUUUUGGGUCGGGAACGCUAAACAAGCCGCUUCAUAUUAUUGUACACGAUUGGGCUUCAAGCAUAUCGGUUACCAAGGGCUCGAAAAUAAACAUCGAGAAGUCGUUUCUCACGCCGUUCGACAAGGCAACAUCACAUUUGUUUUCCAAUCUCCACUAAAUCCCAAUAAUAAAGAAAUGGGUUAUCAGCUAAAUCUCCAUGGUGAUGGUGUUAGAGAUGUUGCCUUCACCGUCGAUGAUGUUCGAAGCCUCUACAAAAAUAUUAUAGCGAGGGGUGGAAAAUCCAUUCGAGAACCAUGGGAAGAAAAGGAUGAAAACGGAGUCGUAAUAAUGGCCACAAUCGGUACCUAUGGUGAUACCGUGCACACUCUUGUAGAAAGAAGUCACUAUCGUGGCGAGUUUCUUCCGAAUUUCAAGCC